UCUUUUCUAGUUAGUUACUUUAUGUCAGGAACUUCAUCACGCUGGCGAAACUUUCAACGAAUGUUUAAAGAGUUUCUGCUGCGGAGACCGGAGACUAUUAAAUCCGAGCAGAGAAUGUAAUAAUUUGGGAGGUUUAUCCGCUAGCGUUAAACUCAGGUAAUAUGUUACUAAUCUGUCAUGUAGAGUAAGUAUUUAAUUAGAACAGACUUUGACAAGUUAUACAGUACUACAGUGAGUUUCAGUAGAAUGCCGGCGUUCCCUCAACAUGAAUGAAUGAAUGUUUCAGUCUCGGAGAAAUUCUGAACUGAGUGAAAAUGUGUGAUGAAUCAAAGCCAGUGGACGGAGAGGUGAAUGAUAAUAAAUAUUUCUCGAAAACAGCCGCGACUGAUGCUGAGGUGACUUUUGAACAUCGAAGCGCGCCGCCGGAAACGCGUUUAUAUAAAAAGAGAUGGGUCAUAGUGUUUUUAUUCAGCUUGUAUUCGCUGUGUAACUCCUAUCAAUGGAUUCAAUACGGAAUCAUCAACAAUAUCUUCAUGCGCUUCUACGGCGUGGACUCUUUCACCAUCGACUGGAUGUCCAUGAUUUACAUGUUGACGUACAUUCCGCUCAUUUUCCCCGUCGCGUGGCUCUUGGAUAAAAAGGGGCUGAGGGUCAUCGCGCUCGUGGCUGCGGCUCUGAAUUGCACGGGCACGUGGAUCAAGGUGGCCAGCGCGAGACCGGACCUUUUUCCGGUCACAUUUUUGGGUCAGUUCACGUGCUCAGUGGCUCAAGUGUUCAUCCUCGGGAUGCCCUCGCGCAUCGCGUCGGUGUGGUUCGGAUCGGAAGAAGUGUCCACUGCGUGCUCCAUCGGGGUCUUCGGAAAUCAGUUGGGGAUCGCCAUAGGUUUCCUAGUUCCACCAAUACUGGUUCCAAAUGUGGACGAUCUGGACGAGUUGGCGGCUCACAUCAGAGUCAUGUUCUACAUCACGGCAGGGGUGGCCACCUUCCUGUUUGUAUUGGUUGUCAUUGUGUUUCAGGAGCGUCCAGACAUCCCUCCCACCCACGCUCAGGCCGCGGCUCGGCGGAUGUCUCCAGAGAACUACUCAUAUACAGCAUCCAUCCACAGGCUGCUUCGCAACAAAGCCUUCAUCCUUCUCGUCAUCACUUAUGGGCUGAAUGUUGGCUGUUUCUACGCUGUCAGUACGCUUCUCAACCGAAUGAUCAUUGAACACUAUCCUGGAGAGGAGGUGAACGCCGGCAGGAUCGGCCUCACCAUCGUGAUCGCUGGCAUGGUAGGAUCCCUCAUCUGUGGGAUCUGGUUAGACCGAUCUAAGACAUACAAACAAACGACUCUAGCCGUGUAUCUGAUGUCGCUUGUGGGUAUGGUGCUUUAUGCUUUUACCUUGGAUCUGGGUCACCUGUGGGUGGUCUUCAUCACAGCAGGAACCCUCGGGUUCUUCAUGACGGGUUACCUUCCCCUCGGUUUUGAGUUUGCUGUUGAAUUGACUUUCCCAGAGUCCGAGGGGACGUCUUCUGGACUUCUGAACUGCUCCGCACAGGUAUUCGGGAUCAUAUUUACGAUCUGUCAGGGCAAAAUCAUGGACUCUUUUAAUACUCUGGCUGGAAAUCUCUUCCUGUGUGCCUUCCUGCUGAUAGGAACCAUCAUUACAGCCUGUAUUAAGUCUGAUCUGCGCAGACAGCUGGCAAACCAACAAGCUCUGGCAGCCGCAGCUUUGGGCAGGUUAGACGUUCAGGUUCACAGUGGGACAUCUCUCUACCCUCCACACACGUGAUCAAUCAAUCAUUGCCUGAUUUUAUUGCUCACUGUGGUUCAGGUAUGGGUGGCACACGCGAUCAGCACUUCUGAUUCGCGAUCGAUGAGGCUCAUUUUAAUUAUCGCUUAUAAAGUGAUUCGGCUGUGCUUUUGAUUCUCUCUCAGAGUCCAAUGUUCAUGAUUUUUUGCCUAUUUUGUCUGAACGCUUCACCUUUGAGCUUUGUUCGUUUGUGUAUGUGUAGUUUGAUGUUCGAUGUGUACUUAACCUUCAUUUAAUCCACUAACAUACGAAAUGCAGAUGUGUGCAUGAAACUGGUUUGUGGCCAACAGGGGGCGUCGGUUUGCUGUGAUAUCUGUUACUGAUGAUGUGUUUUUUGUUUGCAGGGCCCUGUGGAAGCGUCACCGGCACAAGCUUUUGAAGCCAAACUCUAAUGUGAUCUCAAGUAGCACAUUUAUCUUUUAUAGUUUUGAUCCGGCCUUGAAUUUUGAUUUAUUUUUCCUUUGGGACUUUUAAAUCACGUUGUAUUUUGUGUGUGUGUGUGUGUGUGUGUGUGUGUGUGUGUGUGUGUGUGUGUGUGUGUGUGUGUGUGUGUGUGUGUGUGUGU